AUGACAUCAUUCCACUCAUAAGUAUUCUUUGACAUCUCAAUCGGGGGUUCAUCAGCCGGAAGACUCGUAUUCAAUCUUUAUGGAGAUACUCCAAGAACUUCUGAGAAUUUCAGAGCUCUCUGCACUGGAGAGAAGGGAACUGGCAAAUCAGGCAAGCCACUUCACUUCAAGGGUUCAAAGUUCCAUAGAAUUAUCUCAGGCUUCAUGGCUCAAGGUGGUGACUUCACUGCUGGCAACGGAACUGGUGGUGAGUCCAUCUUUGGAAACAAGUUCGCUGAUGAGAACUUCAUUCACAAGCACACUGGUCCUGGUCUCCUCUCUAUGGCCAAUGCUGGACCAGGAACUAAUGGAUCUCAAUUCUUCAUCUGCUUUGAUGCUUUCCCACAUCUUGAUGGCAAGCACGUCGUCUUCGGAGUACUUGCUGAAGGAGGUGAUGUCCUCAACGCUAUCCAUGGUGUCUCAUCUCAAACUGGAGCUCCUAAAAAGGUAGUUCAAAUUGUUGAAUGUGGACAACUCUGA